AUGUCCAACCCACGAAUAGAAGAAGUCUCCGACGAUGAGGAGAUCGAAGUCGCGGACGACCCAGAUGAGAUGGAUCUCGACGCCUUCGACUUCGCUCGCCCCCAAGGGAAGUCCCUCGGCCAACAAGCCUCUGCCGAAGCCAGCGCAUCCCCCUCAGUCCCUGCCGACAUGAUGGAAGCACUACUGAAAGGCCGUCCGCAACAAGCAGGCACAGGCAGUACCCACGCGCCUCAGAUAGCCCGCAUGAAUGAUGCCGAGCGACAGCGCUACCAACGUGAGCAACAGGAGAAGAGCAAGAGCUACCAGUGCAUUUACCCGGCGUACUUUGAUGCCACGAGGAGUCGGGAGCAGGGGAGGAGAGUGCAGAAGAGUGAUGCGGUGGAGAACCCACUGGCGAGGGAGAUUGUGGAGGCGCUUGCGAAUAUUGGAAAGGACUUGAACGUGGCGCUGCAGAUAGUAUUGGAGCCUACGAAGACGCAUCCCAAGGAUUGGGCGAAUCCGGGGAGGGUCAAGGUCCUGGUCAAGAAGGAUGGGAGGGCGGUUAGUGCGAAGAUCCAGAACAAGCACCACCUAUACAAGCUGAUCUCCACACACCUCAAAGCCAAUCCCACGACUGCGGAGACGCCUAUGCGCCUUCAAAUCCAAGGUAUGCCGAUGCCGAAAGACAACAAGAUCACACCUCCUGCGAUCCCACGCGGGUCGAAGAUUGGCACAAUCCUACCUCUUCAUUCGCCGGCCCUUUCUGGUGGUGGCGUGUCAGAAAACUUCCUAAAAGACAUGAUGGCCGAGAUGGGCGGCCAGCUACCGCCCGGCAUGGCAGGUAUGGCCGGUGCAGGUGGUGCAAGUACCGACAGCAGUCAAAAAAAAGUCAAAGACAAGAAGAAGAAAUGA